GUCUCUAGUUGAACAUGCAUUAGCCUGACUCUUCUUCUUUGCUAGUUGGUGAACAAUGAGCUACAAUGUGCUCGCCGCCGGUACUCCACGAGAUAAGAGAUACUCUGUGACGACCUUGCGCGCUGAGAUCCUAAGAUACAAAGAACUACUAGAUGGUGUGGGUCCCUCAGAGAAUCGCGGUCUUGGCCUUGGCGGUGACGGCGGCGGCUCCGGCGGCAUUGAAGGCGCCUCCAGCAUAGUUGGUGGAGUGUACGAGCCUUACAGAACAAGAGGGGAUAUCGGUGGAACUGUCGAAACCCGUGACUACAGGUACACAUCCUCCACAACCACAUCCCGAAAUGGAGGUAUCGGUGGCGGUGUGACUGUCACCAGCACGGCUGAUUACACCUUGAGAGAUGAGCGAGGUUCCAGAACUGGUGUUGACUACGCGAUGCAACGCUCAGCCCAGGGGAACGUCACGAUCGGGAGAGUGGCUAGAGACGGGUCCUAUGUGACCGUCGAGAAUACUUCCCCGGACAUUGACCAGCACAUUGGUGAAUGGACGCUCCGCAGUACAAGCUCCUCCCUGAAACAAGUUUCAUACACCUUCCCUCGUGGAUUCAUCCUAGCCCCUCGAAGCACCGUCCAGGUCUUUGCCCGUGGAAAGGGCAUUCACGAUCCACCCUGUUCGCUUGUAUGCGAGGUUGAGAGCACAUUCGCAACGGGCGAAGAUCUGGCCAUCUACCUUUACGACAACAAUAACGAGGAACGUGCUUGUCUCACUCAACGUGGGUUCUUCGCCACAGGUGGUGAUUCUGCAUUUUAACUUGAUGUCUACAACAAAACUGCCGUCUGGCACCUGCCUGUUUUUCGUUCUGUUAUAUUGGACGAACAAUAUCCGAAAGAUUGUAUUUGCUUGCUCAGAUAUAAAUC